CCAUCUCUCUAUCUUUCUGGAGAGCAUCAAACCACAGAGAGAGUAAACGAUUAAAUACAAAGAGAACCCCAAAGAAGCUAAUAUUUACCAUUUCGCCGCUAAGUUUACAUUUCCGGAACAUUUAACACCCUCAAAGAAGUUUAACGCCGCCAUGUGUGGAGGAGCAAUAAUCUCCGAUUUCAUCCCUCCGCCGAAGUCCCGCCGCGUCACCAGCGAGUUUAUCUGGCCGGAUCCGAAGAAGAAGUCGAAGAGGCGAUCCAGUUUCUUCGAUCUGGACGACGAAUUCGAGGCUGAUUUCAAAGGGUUCAAGGAUGAUGAUGAUUAUUCUUCUUUUGACUGCGAAGAUGUGAAGAAGCCCUUUGUCUUCACCGCACCUACCAAACUCGUAGCUUCCCGUCCCACCACCCUCGCCACCACUGGUUCAGUUUCUUGCAAGAAGACCAUAGAGUCCGACGAGAAAUCUGGCAAGAGGAAGAGAAAGAAUCAGUACAGAGGGAUUAGGCUGCGCCCCUGGGGAAAAUGGGCUGCUGAGAUCCGUGAUCCUAAAAAAGGCUCUCGAGAAUGGCUUGGAACGUUCGACACCGCCGAGGAAGCAGCAAGAGCUUAUGAUGCAGCUGCACGUAGGAUCCGUGGCGAUAAAGCUAAAGUGAACUUCCCUGAGGAGAAGAUGGUCCCUACUGGUAAGACCAGUAAUCUUAAGAAGCCAGUGGCUAAACCAAACCAAACCGUAGCUUUGGUUCAGCAGCCAACAGCACAUCUGAGUCAGUACUGCAACAACUCCUUUGGUGAUUUGAGUUUCAUUGAAGAGAAGCCUCAGAUGUACAACAAUCAGUUCUUCGACGUUGGACAGUACUUCAGUUCUGAUCAGGGCAGUGACUCUUUCGACUGCUCUGAGUUUGGGUGGAGUGAUCAUGGUCCCAAGACACCACCAGAGAUCUCCUCGAUGCUAGUCAAUAACAACCAAGCUACCACCUUUGCUGAAGAAACCAAUGCAGCCAAGAAGGUCAAACUCAACUCCGAGGACGAGACGAGCAACAAUGAUGAUCUGAUGGCAUACCUUGACAACGCCAUGUGGGAAACUCCUUUAGAAGUGGAAGAUAUGCUCGGCGUAGAUGCUGCUGGUGUGACUCAGGAAGAGGAAAACCCAAUGGAGCUAUGGAGCUUAGAUGAUAUCAACUCCAUGCUUGAUGGAGGAGUCUUCUGAAGUGUGAUUGAAUGAUGGGUUGGUUGCCUAGUUUGUAAAUAAAGCUGUUUUUUUGUGUGUGUUGGUGAGUUUCAAAAGCCCAUUGUGAAGACAAACAGCGGUUUACUUUAAAUCUUGAGUUUUGUUUUUGUGUUUGUUGUUGUUGUCUCACAGGGCUUUGUUUUGUAUCCCCCAAGACUUGUUUAACAUUAAUAAUAAUAACGAUGUUGGAACCUCUA